AUGGCCCAGAGGCCAGAUCCUGAGGCCGUGGGUGCUGCCCUGAGAGGCUCCACCUUUCUGCCGAGGGCUGCCAGGGCGCUCCCCUCUUCAGGGGCAGCCAGAGUUCCCAGCUUCUUGGGUCUCCUUGCAGAGAUCCUCCCCUCCAUUGCCCAGUGCGCUAUGCCAAAGGACGCCAUCCGAGCGCUGAAGAAGCGGCUCAACGGGAACCGGAACUACAGAGAAGUCAUGCUGGCGUUAACAGUGCUGGAGACAUGUGUGAAGAACUGCGGCCACCGCUUCCACAUCCUCGUGGCCAACCGGGAUUUCAUCGACAGCGUCCUGGUCAAAAUCAUCUCUCCCAAGAACAACCCUCCCACCAUCGUCCAGGACAAGGUGCUAGCUCUGAUCCAGGCGUGGGCUGAUGCCUUUCGAAGCAGCCCUGACCUCACCGGUGUCGUCCAUAUAUACGAGGAGCUGAAGAGGAAAGGGGUCGAGUUUCCCAUGGCGGACUUGGACGCUCUGUCUCCCAUACACACGCCACAGCGGAGCGUCCCCGAAGUGGAUCCAGCCGCAACCAUGCCCAGGCCCCAGUCGCAGCAGAGGACAAGUGCCAGCUCCUAUUCGUCGCCUCCUCCUGCUCCCUACUCCGCUCCGCAGGCCCCGGCUCUGAGUGUGACCGGCCCCAUCACGGCCAAUUCAGAACAGAUUGCCAGGCUUCGGAGUGAGCUGGACGUCGUUCGAGGAAACACAAAAGUCAUGUCCGAGAUGUUAACCGAGAUGGUCCCCGGGCAGGAGGACUCGUCCGAUCUGGAAUUGCUGCAGGAGCUGAACAGGACCUGCCGGGCCAUGCAGCAGCGCAUCGUGGAGCUCAUCUCCCGGGUGUCCAACGAGGAGGUCACCGAGGAGCUGCUGCACGUCAACGAUGACCUCAACAAUGUCUUCCUCCGCUACGAGAGGUUCGAACGAUACAGGUCAGGCCGAUCAGUUCAAAACACCAGUAAUGGAGUGCUGAACGAAGUGACCGAAGACAACUUAAUAGACCUAGGGCCGGGGUCUCCAGCCGUGGUGAGCCCAAUGGUGGGGAGCACGGCACCCCCGUCUUCUCUCUCCUCCCAGCUUGCAGGCUUGGACUUGGGGACGGAGAGCGUCAGUGGCACCCUCAGUUCACUCCAGCAGUGUAAUCCCCGUGAUGGCUUUGACAUGUUCGCCCAGACGAGAGGGAACUCCUUGGCCGAGCAACGCAAGACGGUAACCUACGAGGACCCCCAGGCUGUCGGAGGACUCGCUUCUGCACUAGACAGUCGGAAACAGAGCUCCGAAGUGAAGAGAGGUAAAGGUGGGGACUCUGACCUGGAGCCCAUAGACAGCUGGCUCAUAACCCAAGGAAUGAUCCCCGUUGCGCAGCCCUCUGUCAUGGACGACAUUGAGGUGUGGCUCAGGACGGACCUGAAGGGCGAUGACCUGGAAGAGGGCGUCACAAGUGAAGAGUUUGAUAAAUUCCUUGAAGAAAGAGCCAAAGCUGCUGAAAUGGUUCCCAACCUCCCCUCACCCCCAGGGGAGGCCCCGGCCCCAGCCUCAAACCCCUCCGGCCGGAAGAAGUCUGAGCGGUCAGAGGAUGCUCUUUUCGCCCUGUGAGCUGUUCUGCGGUUCCGCUCCCCAGACGGCAGGCCACCUCUUGUUCCCCCAGUCCUCACUAGGCACUGGCCAUUCCUCCCAUCCCCAGUCCCCACUCGGUCCUGUGCUGCUGUGUCUCCAUGGAAACGCCACUGUGUUUGCUCCCAGGCCUCCCACUAGUCAGGACCAGCUUCAGCCACCUCUUUCUCUCCAGAUGGUGGGACAGCAGCCAGAGGCUCUCUGCCCCUGCCCCUGCCCCUCUGGCCCACAGGCUCCCUCUACCCAUGUGUCCUCCCCGGAAGAACAGGCAUCAGGAGCCAGGCAGGCCCCAUGGGACCAUUUCCUGAGGAGACGUCUGGACUGCCUUUCUUCCGGUUUCCACCCACAGAGAAGGGGGUCAGAUCCCAGCCCCUUCCCCCUGUGUCCUGCCCCUGCCUGGCUCAGUGGGUCUCCUUGGACUGGCCUACCCUCCGGUGCCCCUGUUCCACAAAGGGCUUGUCUGCACCUGUGGGCUUGGUCUCACUCCCUGGAAUGCUGCUCCCUGACGCGUGUCACCUUGUGGCACUUGGCGUGCUCAGCACUUUAGAAGGCUCUGUGGAUGCCCUUGUGCGAGGCCUCUCACCCUCUCGACCUUGUCUUCAUCACGAGGCUGCUAGCCCGGGCCCCUGCCCAGGAUGGCUCAGCAGCUGAGCCUGGGCCCCAGGGGUCCCCGGGGGACCCACAGGCUCCCGGUGUGCGGAGGGAGAGCCAAAAGCGGUUGCAGAGACAGCAUGCGGCCCGUGAGGCUGGUCACGAGGCACGUGGGGUAGCUCCUGCAGAGAUCCACCACUGCACACCAGACUGCUCGGUGUCCCUGUCUGUGGAGGGGCCUGCUCUAGGAGGAAUUGCUCUGGGCUGCUUGGGAAAGCUCGGUUGGCUGGUGAGCGAGCACACCACGCUCGGGGCUUUGGCCUGGACUGUGGCGGCCUCUGUGCCUCUACCUCUAGGGCCCAGCAGCAGAUGGCUCUGCACCAUGUUUGGAGAUCCAAUGACUAAGGGGCUGGAGUGACCCUCUAGUCCUGCACUGCCCCUUGGCGUGGGUCUCUGCCAACAUCGGUGGCUUCCUCCACAGAACAUCCCAACAACCUGUCCUUCCCCCACCCCGAACCCCCUCGCCGCUGAUUUGGACCCUCUCUCCAAGCCAACCUAGAAGGCUGGUGGCCUGGGGCUGAGAGCUAGGGCUUGAGGACACCUCCUCUCGUCACCGUCACUGGGUGUCUCCUGGCCACGGGCAAGGCACUCAGCCUUGACAUGGUCUGGGGUCCAGCCUGCCCCACCCCUGCGCUAUGGUUGCCCCGAAGAAGAAAACUGCUGCAGCAGCUGCUCUGAGCCAGUAUGUGAGUUGCUGGGGCCCGGGUCAGUGUUCCAAAAGGUGCUGCCCAGGUACCCAGGCCAAACGUGUUCCUGAGCCAUGGCGUGGUCAGCCCUUCCCACCUGGCAGGUGGAACAAGGAAAGAGCUGGGCUUGAUACAGGCUUACACCAGGCCUCUCGCUGGAAGCCCGGCACCUCUGGUAGACAGCAGGGCGCUGCCCAGCCCAGAACCCUGUGCCCUGUGUCACCCGCCAGCCUCCUCCAAAGAGGAGGUGCGGGGUCUAGCUGGGGGCCCUCCUGGCAGGUCCAGCUGUGGGAGGUCACACUCCGACUCCCCAGAGGACAUGCAGGAAGCUCCCCCUCAGAGAUCAGAGCUCAGCCAGCCUGACUCCAGCCCCGCCCUCCCUGGCAAUCAGUGCCACGCUCUACUGUCCCCCCGACCCAGCCCCUCCGUCCACUGGCUCCUCUCCUCUUAACAUUGCUCACAGCCAGAGCCCCCUGAGGCCUGCCCGGACAUUAGGACGUCUGAAGUCAGCUGGCUUGACGUGAGCUGCCGAGAAGGUGGCCGGGAUGGUCCAGUUGUACCCAGCGACCCAGCUCGAAUCCUCAGCAGCCUGGAGCACUUGCCUCUGAGGGGGCUGGGGGCCGAGCCCGGCGUCCUCCAAGGGACGAGCCAGCCUCCUGGCCUUGUGGGAGGAGAAGCCCCACCAUGAGCGGGAGUCUGAAGAGUCUGAGGGGAGAGGAGGCUCCCGGCAGAGAGCUGACACCCAUAUCUGUCUGGGGAACCUCAGCACAGCUGCCCUUAGUACCCGUGGCCCAGAGCUGCUCCCCAACUCUGGGCAGUGCGUGGUGGUGGAGCCUGUGGCCGGAAGGCGUGGCUCACACAGGGAGGAGGCCCUGCCUUCCCGGCCUGCGCUGCCCCUCCUGUUCUCAAGUCCUGUGCGGAAGCAGCCUGCCCAGACCCAGAGGCCUGCACAAAAAGCUGAGUAGGGGCCCAGGUGACCUUAAGGGGGUGCUGCUCAGUUCUUCCUGUCCCGAGGCCGCAGGCACCCCAGGCCACUCUGCUGCUGGCUCCCUUCCCCCCAGGGAGCCCAGCUCCCAGGCCGCCUGCGCUGGCCAGUGCCUGGCCCUCAGGAGUGAGACCCUCAUGAGCCACCAGCCGCUCCACAAGUGUUAGAAAUCACAGAUAAAGUAUGUACUUAAUUACACUAAAUUAUUGCUGGGAUUCCUUAUAAGCACUAAUUAUACCUGAUUAUAGGUUAAAAAUAUUUAUUUUGUCAAAAUAUUUUCUUGGGGAUGUGUUUAACCUUUUCUGUGUUCAUUGUGUGCAGAGAUGAGAAAACUAACCAUUUCUUCCUGCUACCUUUGUGGCCAGUGGGCAGCGAUGACCCAGGGCACUGGUGGGCUUGUGGCCAACCUGUCCCAGGGCAGUCCCUGCCUGGGAACCCCCCUCCCAGGGACCCAGCAGGCCGACUGGGGCCAGGCUGAGAGGUGACCCACCUGCUUAUCAGCAUGCAUGGGACAAGGGGUUUCUGAGCCGAAAGGGCUUGAUGCUGGCCAGGGCUGGAGGGAAGGGGGACUUCGUCCGUUGUCUGUCCUGUUUUUCUGUUUGUCAGCCCCAUCUGUGUGAGUGACCGUGUCAUCUGCCUUGGCUCACUGCCCUUCCCUUCCUCCUCCUGGGGUCCAGAGCAAGAGGGCCUGCACUGUCCCUCAAGACCCCCCACGGGGAGAGUGGUGGCAAGGGCUCUGGACCCUCCAGCUUCGUGGGGCAGACAGCUGCUCAGCCUCCGACACCCCUGCUCCUCCUCGGCCCUCCUGCCCUCCACAUAACCUACACACGUUUCUCACUCGGUCUGGCCCAGCCUCCUGGACGGUUGAGGAGGACUGUGGGCUAGCUGGGUAAGAGCACCGAGCAGGAGCGCUGUGUUCUCAGCCUGGCCCCAGCCGGCCCGCCACGAGCCUCCCCUCUGUGUGCUGUAGGGACCCUGGGCCCUGCUGUCCGUCCACCCUGUGGGGACCAGCCCGUCUCACCACCGUGGCUGAGUGUGUGCUCGCGCACCCAGAAGACGCCCCUGGUGGUACCCACCUCUCCCAGUACCCGCCUCUCCCAGUGCCUGUCUGCGGCCCUUCCUGUCUGUGGGGGUCCAAGCCAGGUUUCCCCGCGGCCACCAGUUGUCAGCCCUGGAGUUGCAAUCCUCCGGUGUCUAAAGUCUCCAGGCUCUCCUGGAGAAAGGGGGAUGGAUAUUUAUUUCCUAAAGUUUGCACUUAAUUUGUGAGGGUCUCAGGAUUGUGGGGGCUAUUGAAAGAGAGACGUGUGGAGUUUAUUGUCCAGUCGUCCGGGAAGUCUGAUGUUCCGUCCCUGUUGUGCGUUUCUGUGGGCGGAGCCGGUUGUGGGGGGGCGGGGCAGUGCACUAGAGGCUCAGCGCAGCCGCCCACCCGCUGGCUCUCCUUCCAGAUGUUGUCUCUUUCGUUUGGGUUCCUGCAUGUAAAAUGCUCCACAAUAAAUAAAUGAACAAACUGCA